UGAAAAAUUGGUCGCAGCAUCGAAUCCAUUCCACAGCCGAAAAAUAGAUAAACCCCCUUAACCCCCUCAGCGCGAAUAGCUUUUGCCCGCCAUUACUAAUCCAAUUUAUCAUCGAGCAUCUACAUUUCAAAAUUUCAAUUAUUUUUCAAGUUCAACUAUGUCUUCCCGCUUCCAAUCUGUCGUGCUUGGAUCAUCCCCCGUUUACCCUUCUGCCGUCGUUUGGUCCGACGAGAACUUGGUGGCUGUGGCCUGUGGCAGUACUGUUUCAAUCAUGAAUCCUGGUAAUCCUGUAGUUCGUGGUGUGAUUACCAUCCCCUCCAGCGAGCCUUUUCCCCUUGGUGUGAUUGAUGGUGGAGAGGAAGAUUUGCUACAUGGGUGCUUGCUACCAUUUCAUUUAUCUCGGGAUGCUCGCCCUUGUGUUAGAUCAAUAUCUUGGUCUCCUGUAGGCCUGGCCAACAGUGCUGGUUGUUUGCUUGCUGUUUGUACCACUGGGGGCCGUGUAAAGCUUUAUCGCUUUCCUUUUUGCGAGUUUUCAGUGGAGUGGAUAGAGGUUAUGGACGUAUCUGAAAUGCUGUAUAAUUAUUUCAAAACUACCAGUUUUGGGGAGUCAAACAUAUCUUCAGAAAGUUCAGAUGUGACACUAAGACGAGAGAGUGCAGAUCAUGAAUGUGCUAGUGACCUGCCUGUUUCUAGUUUAGUAAAGGAUUGCAAACGAAGAAAACGAAAUGCGGCUAGCGUAGCUGCACAAGAUUGGCAAAUUAUUCCUGUCUCUGGUCAUAAUGGGAAGACUCAGGAGAAAGUGAGUGCGGACUGCAAUCUCCCAUUAAUAACUGUUCAGCAGUAUGCUUCUCGCAGUGCAAUGCUGAUGUCGCUUACAGUGGCUUGGUCUCCGAUUCUGGGGACAUCUGGGAAUGGUGUUGCUAUUCCUCAUAACUCUUCCAAUUACUGCUCUAUUCUUGCCGUUGGAGGGAAGUGUGGUAGAAUUUCGCUAUGGAGGAUUCAUGCACCUGAGAUCUAUUCUAUUGAUUGUGCUAAGUGUUCAAGUAAAGUGUCACUUGUUGGCCUUCUGAAGGCACAUGAUACUUGGAUCACAGCAAUUAAUUGGGCACUGUAUGGCUCUGAUGUUUCAAAACCCCAUCUCUUAUUGGCUACGGGAAGUUCUGAUGGUAGAGUGAAGAUCUGGCGGGUAAAUGGUGAGGAACUGCUGAUGUCAUCAGAAGUCAUACAUGAUUCAUUUUCUUUGUUGAAGGAGGUUAUGAUGGCUGAUUCUGCAACAAUCUCCGUGCUUUCACUUAUUGUACCCAUGCAAACGCCGUGGAAAUUGCUCUUGGCUAUUGGCAAAGGUUCUGGGUCAAUUGAAGUCUGGAUGCUUGACAUGAGCAUCACCAAAUUUGAAAAAGUUGGUUGUUGUAAUGCACAUCAGCGCAUUGUUACUGGUUUAGCUUGGGCUUUUGAUGGAUGUUGUUUGUACAGCUGCAGCCAGGACAACUCUAUGAAGAGCUGGAUUUUAGUUGGAAAUUCCUUGUGUGAAGUGCCCAAUCCUUCACAUUCUCCUGGUUUGAAGAGCUCCCCAGAUGUUCCUUAUGUGUUUGACUCUUGCUUUGGCCUGGCAGUAUCCCCUGGAAAUUUGGCAAUUGCCGUGGCCCGCAAAUAUGAUGUUGAUCUAUUAAAUCCCAUGUACCAAGGAAGAACUCAUAGAGCUGCUGUUGAGUUCCUUUGGAUUGGAGGGCAGCAGCUGGAUAUUUCCUCCGAAGCCUGUCCAGAUAUAGAUAUUGAAUCUUUUCCUGGAUUACCUGAGAAAGUAUUGAUUUGGUGGGAAUGUAAUAUGUUAUGGUCUUUGAGCCAGUAUGAGAACCCCAGUAAGCUUCUGAAUAUUUGGGAUAUUGUGGCAGCUCUGCUGGCCUUCAAGCAGUCCGCACCAGAGUAUGUAGAGCAUAUCCUACUUAAGUGGCUGACAUCUUACUUUGGGUCCCAGUUUGGCAACUCUACUACAUUGUUAUCUGAAGCCUUUAAGUUUCUGCCCAAGCUUUCAUCCCGUCAGUUGCACCUCAUCAACAUUAUCAGCAGGCAUGUAGUGCUUAAAGAAAGUACACCAGACCAUAUCAGUGGUUAAGUGUUACCAAAGAACAGGUAAAUUUAUGGAUGGAGUUGCUUUUGAGCAGUGAAAAUGAACUCUUGGAAAGACUUGUUGGUUUCAGUUUUUCUACUAUUUUGAGUCUGUUGUCCAAUUCAUCAGUGGAUUCUUUUGAAGUUGGUUGUGGGAGUCUAGAUGGAUUGAGACAAAUGGAGCAGUGGGUAUCACACAAUGAGAAAAAUGUAAAGGAUCAGACCAAGUUUCUUGCAGCAAAAGUUGGAAAAGUUGAGAAAAGGAGAUUACAGGGCAUUAUUGGAUAUGAAAUGGAUGAGCAAUGUAAUUUCUGUUCAGCUGUUGUCCCAUUUGAAUCAACAGAAUAUGCAAUUUGCUCUGGAGUAGACAGUGGUAAUGGAGUUAGGCAGAGACAUAAGCUAGAAAGAUGUGCGAUUACUAUGCGGAUUCUCCCCACCAAACCUUCCUGGUAUUGUAUGUGUUGUCAAAGAUGGGCAACGAGGUUGGCGCCUAGGAUUUUAUUCACAAUGUCUGAAUAUCCUUCUGAUUUUAAAUCUUUUCUGGAGUCGCCUUCUUGCAAGGACUCCUUACUACCAUGUUGUCUCUUUUGUGGGAUACUUCUACAAAGAUCACAGCCAGAACAUUCUCUGUCACCAUCUCCAGUAUAAACAGAGUCUUCCUACAAAAUAUGUAUAGCAGAUGAACAGUUUCCUUCUCAAAGUUUGUUGAGUCAUGGAAAAAGGAAGCCCAACUAUCUAUCUGCUGCAUGGCCCAGUAGGAACAUAUUUCCAGUUUCCAGUUGUUUUGAGAUGUUCACUGGGAUAUGGAAUACUCCUAAGAUCAGCUUUCAUGUAUCAGCGGCUCAAGUAAUGCUGCUGAAAAGUGGAUAUUUAAACAGGGAAGCGGAGCACAGUGGGCAUUGGUUGCAGCCAGCAUGGAUUUUGCUGUCCAACAAAUGGCGGACUCACUGGAGCAACGGGACUGGAGAGAGGAGAGGAGAGGACAUGCCCCUCAGCCUCAUGUCAUAUUCAUGUAGGCCUGCCUGUGCAGAUCAUUUGAAAAUGAAUUACGUACCUCCCAAGUUAGACUCAUGAUCUUAAUUAUGCUAAUUAAACUGCGGCUUUUGGGUAUACAAAUGAAUAAUUAUUGGAAGCAAAAGCAGCUUUUCUAAUAAGCCAAGCAGCCCCCAUUGUAUUGGUGCCUCCCCCCACUAAUCAUUGUUAUUAUCCAUUAAUUGAUUUUUAAUGAGUUGAUUUCCCAUUUGACUCGUUGUAAAGCUAUUAGAAUCUUGACUGGGAAGAUGACGCUACUACCAUUGCUCAUAAUUUAAUUUUCUUCAUUGCUCGAUACUCAAA